AUGCGCAAGAGGAUGGCCGUGAGGUCUGCGGCCGCUGUUAUGGAGAAGUACACCUCCAUGUGCAAGGACUCCGACCCACCAGAGUCGAUGAGAAGGCGGUUUGAGGCUGUUGUGGCUCAGGCGCAGGAGGACAUCUGCAAGGCCAUCGAGGACUGCGAUGGCGGAGCCAA